AUGUCGUACUGGAAGCUCAUUUCUGACCUAUGUGCCCCGCCGGCCAUCUUCUUCAUCAUCCUCCUGCAGAUCCCGCGCCCGAGGCCGCUCCGGAGGGCGAUCCUCCUGACGGUGAAGACGUUCUUAGGGAUCCCCGUCUUCGGCGUGCUCAAGCUCGUGCACCUCGUCAUGGGCCUCACGUUCCUCUCCUGGGCGUUCCAGUCGAAGAAGCUGUACGAGGUCUACCAGUACUGGCAGCGCCGCGAAGACUACACCAUCGACCAGCAGUGCAAGUCCACGCAGGCCGAGAUCAAGGGGCGCAAGUGGCGCUUCGAACGCAACUGGUGGAUCGCGCUCUUCAUCUUCGUGGCCUGGGCCAUGCUCGCGCGCUUCUACGCCAUCACCGUCACCGCGUUCGAGCUCGAGGAGCACAUCGGGCGCAUGCAGGAGCAGCACAACGAGGAGCUGGCGGCGCUGCGGAAGCAGGUGCGGGCGCUGGGCGGGGAGGUGCCGGAGGGUGAGGGCGGGGAGGCGGGGGCGGAGGCCGAGGGGGCGGAGGAGGAGCCGGCGAAGGAGGAGCCGGCGUCUUCGGAACCAAAGAAGGACCGGUAG